AGUGUGUGUGUGUGUGUGUGUGUGAGUGAUCUCAGUGCUAUGUCUCUGUCGUGGGUGAGCUCUAAUAAUAGAGGAGGUUGCCUGCUCCUUUAAGAGUCUACUUGUUGCACACUCUCCACAUUAUAAAGUCAAAUAAUGGUGAUCAAAGUUUUCCUCGCCUCUUCAUCGGGAUCCACCGCGAUCAAAAAGAAGCAGCAAGAUGUUGUCGGCUUCCUGGAGGCUCUUAGAGUGGAGUAUGAUCCACUGGACAUCGCCUGCAACGAGGAGAACCGCAUGUGGAUGAGGCAGAACGUCCCAGAGGAGAAGAAGCCAGCCAACGGGAUCCCCCUGCCUCCUCAGAUCUUCAAUGAAGAGAGCUACUGUGGGGACUACGACACCUUCUUCGAUGCCAAGGAGGACAACUCUGUGUUCGCCUUCCUGGGGCUGCCCCCUCCCCCUGGGUCCAAGGAAGCAGCGCAGGCUGACAAGGCGCACAUUGUGACGAACGGGAACCAUGUUGAGGAAAUGAACGGAGACCUUGAGGACACAAUAGAGGUUCCACUGGAGGAGCGUAACGGAGAUGCACACGUUGAGGAGGAGGGGGAGGUAGCGGAAGGAGAGAAUGCAGAUGAUGAAGCCAUGGAAGAGGAAACAGAAGGCGACGAGGCCCCUGCAGACGAGGAGGAGGCAGUGGAAGAAACAGAUGAGGUUACAGAAGUCACACAGGCUCAUGCAGAGGAAGAAGAACAGGACGAAGCUGAUGAUGACAGGGAGGAAGAAGAACUGCGACAGCUUGAGGUAGAUUCCUGUGAUGUGUUUUUGUACCAGCCUCUAGCCUUCCUCAGUUUGUUUUGUCCUUUUUCAAUCCCCCAUCCCUUCCCACCUCCCUGUAAGCUAUUCAGCUUCAUUUUGAGAAUAAAGUCAUAAUCAAGAAGAAAGUAAUUCUAUUAAAAGAAAAGUCAUUAUAUUUAAUAUAAAGUCAUAAAAUUUGAGAAUAAAGUUUUAAUUUAAUUAUAAAAAAGUUUAAUUAAAUGUGUAAAAGGUAAUAAUAUUUCAAGAAAGUCAUCAUAUUUAAAAUAAAGUCAUAUAAUUUUGAGAAUAAAGUUUUGAUUUAAUUUUCUAAAGUAGUAAAAUUGCUCGGACAGUCUAAUUUAAUGAGAAGAAAGUCAUAAUAUUUCCAUAAUAAAGUCGUUAUGCAAUUAGAAAAAGGGCAAUAAGCAGCAAUGAGAACCUGUGCUCUCUUCUGGUUCCAAAAUCUUGAUUUCGUGACAAACUAUGAAUCUCCUUUGAGUAGCACUUAGAUGUAACUAAUGGUAGCCCUGCAGCCGACCACAACCAAACUUUUAUUCCUCCACAAAAGAAUAGACUAAAUUUCCUGCUUCAUCUCUUCAAAGUCCUGAUACUUAUGAUAAUGUGGUGCCGAUGAGCCAAAAUAUUAAGUAUUUUGUUAUUUUUGAAACUUUUACUCAACAACAAGAAUCUCCACAUUCCUUAUUUGAACACAGGUCAUAUCUGAUCUUCUGAUAUCCCUCCUCUAAAAUAACACAUUGCAUUCACAUUCUUAAAAUAUUAUGGCUUUAUUCUCGAAAUCUCAAAAUUGUUUUUACCCUUCAUGUGACCCUGAUUCUUCGUUUUGUGUUACACUGAAGACAUUCCAGAAAAAGUCAUUUCAGAGUUUCCCAUGCCAUCAGGCCAAAAGGGACCAAUCAUAUCUAGAUAAGCAGCAUGGUACAGAAUACAGUACAUGACAACACUGUUGGCCAUAUCAAGAGGUUUUUCUUGUAACCUCUAAGAGUGUGUACUCUUCCCAUGCACUUAUAUAUGCAGUGAUGAUUAAACUAUGACCUUCAGUGAUUGUCAUCGGGAAAUUGGCAGUAUUAAAAAAUAGUAAUGUAAUUGUCCUCAUACUGUUAAGUCCCUUAUUUAUGUUGCAUCAGUUUGACAUUGCCCUGUAUUAGGAGACCUUAUGUCCAUCUACCAGAUCUAUUUAUACAGUCACAUGAGUCAAAAUGCAUGUUAACGUGCACGCACCUACAGGUAUGUCACUUUCUCUGUGGACGGGGGUUAAACAACAUCCCUCUCUCUUUUCAAAUCUUAUUGUUUACCCACCCUUUUUUACAGUGUUACUUUGAUUAAGUCUCUAAAAUUGUUUUGAAAAGAGUGUUCACUCUGUCCAUCAUAAUCCAGAUGUAGAAUAUUGAUAAACCACUGAGGCAGCCUUCAGUUAUAAGGGAGACUACGGACUUCAUUGUGCCUCCGUCCACUUCUGAAACCAGACCUACUGUAUGCACUUGCUUGCAUAUUGUUGUUCAAACAGCACAGAGCUCUGAUGAUGGGGUUAGACUAUUUGGAUUAAGACUCACUUCAGGGACUUUCCACACUUCUCCACACAGCUCUUAUUUAAAUUUAAAAAUAGCAAUUCCAAAAUUAGUUUGAUGUUCCUGCUCUAGCCUUUGGUGAGCAGGUACCAUCAUUUAAAGGUCAUUAAAAUCAGCAUUUGUCUUCGAUGUUUAGCAGGGAGAUUUUUUAAAUUUGAAGAAUUCUUAACAAUGCCAGGUGUGUUUGUUACAGCAGCAGCUCAUCUAGUUCAGGAAGUUGGGCAUCAUAUGGGAUAUCCAUUGUUCUGUUGUGUUUCAGUUCAGAUUGCUUAGUUUUUUCUCUACAUGAAAACCACUUCAUCACUCAGAUGAAGAACUUUAUCACCACCUGUGACUGCAGAGGGCGCUGUUGCUCACUAAAAGUUCCACCCGACCUAACGUGCCCGGGUGGAGCCAGGUUACCUUAGAGAUCACAACUAACCAGAUCAACCUCAGUUAGAAAAAUUGUAUUUAAUAUGCCCGUACUCAGCAUCUUGUUGAAAGGACUCUGCCUCUCAGAGACAUUCCAGCCUCUGCGUGUUCUUCUAUCAUCUUUGCUUCGCUUUGCUUUGCCUUCUUUCCUUUCCAACUCUCCAUCUAUCUUGCCGUUUGUCGUCCUACCUUUCUUGCAGGAGCAAAAAGAAUGAGGCAGUGAGGUAGUUGCUUUGGGAUGUCCUGAGUUUCACUAUCCUCCCUCUUUCUUCUAUCUCUCUGUGUGCUGCAUGGAAUGGUAGUUUUUUCCCUCCAUAGAGAUGCCUGCUGGUGUGCAGCAUGGUGACUGUAACAGAAAUACCCGCCAUACACCGUAGGAUGGAUAUUCUCUUGACUUGACUAAACACCACCUGAUUUAAUCUC